GCUAACAUAACUUUGUCGCGGAAGCGGUUCGUCAAUGUCGUCGUCUUUGCCGUUGCAAAUUAUGAAGUUUCGAUUGUUAUUGUUAUUUUGUGGUCCAGAGUGAAAGAAUAUGUGAUAGUGUCCAGCGCAAAAAAAAAGAAAAGUUGAAAAUUUCAGUGAAGACAUGUCAAGGGAUUUGUCUCACAGAUCUUGUGCAAAUUGCAAUUAUAUAGUAUAAUCCGAAGAAAGGUAUCUUCGAGUGAAGUGAGAAAUGAGGUGAACCUCUUCGGCCCUCGUGAAAUUGCUGCCAGUUUGUUUACACAAUAUUACGUAUAUGUGCUCCGGCAAAUAAGUCCAACCAUUCGCUCAUUUGCAUUUCGUUGUUUGGAUUAAACGGAUAAUAAUUUUUUACCGAAGAAGUUGAGAAAAUAAUCAUCAUCGAAACGAAGAAACUUGAUCCAAUCAAGAUGUAAUGUUGCUUCCCGAUCAAACGUACGAAGAGGCCGUUAGCCACUUUGAAAAGUUCACCUUGAAGGAUAUCAAAGACCAAAAGUUGGCCAAAGAAAAUCACAACCCCCUCCGGAACACAUCUUCCUCCUCAUCGAAGGACGACUACAAAGUGCAAGAUGCGAGGUCCUCAUCGAGCCAUGAUUCAUCCGCGGAAAACUACAAUAGGAACACUUUUGAUUUCUUCAACGCUCCUGCCAAAUGCUUCGAAACCAGCAAUUGCAUGCGGCUCCCCAUAAGUAAUGAUAUUGAGGAUACAACGUCUUCCGGCGAUGAUCCGCUCUUCAAAGGUACAAAUAUUCUCCGGGAAUGUGAGCUGUUCCUCUGGCAGCACAACAUUCGUCCGGAUUUCUUCUGUAGAUAUCAUAAAGCGAUCAGCUCUACUUUUUCCUCUCAAUUAUCGUCUCAACCAUCGAAAAAUCGUAGCGUAUUGGACGAAAAUGCUUCGUUGCAAGAGAAAAGCUAUCCAAAAAUGCGAAGAUUCAGGAAAGCGUCAGCCAUUUAUACUUUACCUCAUAGAAAAACGAAGAAAGGAAGCAUUACAUCUUCGACAGACGCCUCAUCAUCGAACGAAGCAGUUCAUUUACAGCAACGCCUCAAAAGUCUCAGCACAGAAUUGGUCACCCUGCGGAAUAGGUUACACGUAGGGCAAGCGGCAACAGGCACAGGAACUACCUCUAAUGCUGGAAUAACACCACCCACUUGUGGGACACUUGGUGGUCAUGCUAUGAGUGGUUCUAAUUUUAGCAAUGGGAAUAAUAUUCAAGGUGUCUCCAGUACAAAUCCAAUGAAAUUGGAGAGCCCAACAAAUAAGAGUAACCCUCCGCCUAUAAUUUCACCAAGAAACACAUCUAUACCACACCCAUUGCCACAUCAUGCAAAUGCUAUUAACGCAGAUGUUCCUACUUGUACAGAAACAAUCUCACAAUGCUCACCAGGAAUUCUAGAUAUACCUCAUAAGCAUACAGUUAUAUCACACACUGCUGGAUCAGUUAAUAUUAUAAGUGCAACAUCGAAAAAGACUGAAAAUGGAAAGCAACGAAAACCAUCAGAAAUUGAUGACCUUAUUCACCUGCCAGGACCUCUCACGGAGGACGCUGUUAUGAGAGCACUUCAAGCGAGAUUCAAUGAGAACAAAUACUUUACAAACGUUGGGCCAAUAUUACUAUCCAUAAAUCCUUACAAAGAUGUUGGAAAUCCCCUCACAUUAUCAUCAACCCGAGCUCUACCACUGGCACCGCAGAUGCGACGGGUUGUACAGGAGGCUGUCAGACAACAAGCUGAAACCGGGUACCCUCAAGCCAUAAUUCUCUCCGGGACAUCAGGAGCUGGAAAAACUCAUUGUUCAAUGCUGUUAUUACGACAGCUUUUCGCUGUCGCAGGUGGCGGCCCUGAAACAGAUGCCUUCAAACACCUAGCCGCUGCAUUUACAGUUCUAAGAUCUCUGGGCUCAGCUAAAACCACUACAAAUUCAGAAUCAAGUCGAAUAGGUCAAUUCAUUGAAGUUCAAGUCACUGAUGGCGCUUUGUACAGAACCAAAAUCCACUGUUAUUUCUUGGAUCAAACCCGGGUCAUACGUCCGCUUCCAAAUGAGAAAAAUUAUCAUAUCUUCUACCAAAUGUUAGCCGGGUUGAGUCGCGAGGAACGUAUAAAACUAAAUCUUGAAGGAUACUCCCCUGCCAACUUGAGAUAUCUGCAAAGUGGAGAUACACAUCAGGAUGAACAAGAAGAUUCAUCACGUUUUCAGGCUUGGAAAGCGUGUCUUGGAAUUCUGGGUAUACCAUUUUUGGAUGUUGUUCGAGUUUUGGCUGCGGUAUUGCUGCUGGGAAAUGUGAAAUUUGUGGAUGGACAGAGUCUCGAAGUCGACGUAAAAGGCGAAGUUGAACUGAAUGCGGUGGCCAGCCUUCUUGGAGUUCCACCAGCUGCGCUAUUCCGGGGUCUCACAACUCGAACACACAACGCUCGGGGUCAACUAAUCAAGUCCGUUUGUGACGGAAACAUGUCCAACAUGACACGUGAUUGUCUGGCGAAAGCACUUUACUGUCGAACAGUUGCCACGAUAGUAAGACGUGCAAACAGCUUGAAACGCUUAGGUUCCACCCUCGGAACCCUAAGCUCGGAUUCCAAUGAAUCGGUUCACAAUCAAGGGGACGUAGCCAGUCAACAUGCUUCAACGGUCGGUGGUAAUGCUGGAUCGAAAUCAAUGGCCGCACUCAAUAAUGCUGUACGACAUGCAACCGAUGGAUUCAUUGGGAUCCUUGAUAUGUUCGGAUUUGAGGAACCCAUGCCAUUUGCACAAUUGGAACAUUUGUGCAUCAACCUUUGUGCUGAGACUAUGCAACAUUUCUACAAUACUCAUAUUUUUAAGUCGUCCGUUGAGUCCUGCCGAGAUGAGGGCAUUCUGUGUGACACCGAGGUGGAUUAUGUAGACAAUGUACCGUGCAUUGAUCUGAUCUCAUCCUUGCGUACUGGCUUGUUGAGUAUGCUUGACGCCGAGUGCUCUCUACGCGGAACUGCAGAAAGUUACCUGGCUAAGAUCAAAAUGCAACAUAGAAAUUCAAGUAGACUUGAAACAAAGCAGAUGGAGCUGCAUUUUCCAAGGAUGUUUGCCAUUCGACACUUUGCAGGACGAGUUGAAUAUGAUGCCACUGAUUUUCUGGAUACAAAUAGGGAUGUGGUUCCAGAUGACUUAGUAGCGGUUUUCUACAAACAUACUUGCAAUUUUGGAUUCGCAACCCAUUUAUUCGGCUCUGAACUGAAGGCUCUGUACGCUAUGGAGAAUGUUCCACGUGGAUUGAGUUUCAGAAUUGCUCCAACGUCUCAUACUGAUUUGCUGAAUGGCGAUGAACCAGUUUCGACACUUACCCAGGAUUUCCAUACACGAUUAGAUAAUUUGCUACGCACUUUGGUUCAUGCCAGACCUCAUUUUGUCCGGUGCAUAAGGAGCAAUGCAUCUGAGAGUCCUGGUCGAUUCGAUAGAGCCACCGUUGUCAAACAAAUCCGUGCGCUGCAGGUUCUAGAGACCGUAAACCUGAUGGCAUCAGGGUUCCCGCAUAGGAUGAGAUUCAAACAGUUUAUUGCCAGAUAUCGGAUGCUUGCUCCGUUCAGAUUGCUACGUAGAUGCGAAGAGAAGGCUUUGGAGGACUGCAAUUUGAUUCUGCAAUAUGCUUUGGAAAAUCCACCAGAAAUUGAUGGAUCGGUCACUUUGUCAUGGGCUCCAGGAAAACGGCAUGUAUUCCUUAGUGAAGGAAUUCGUCAACAUUUGGAGAAGCUGCGAUCUGAUAUUCGAACUAAGAGUGCUACACUAAUACAAGCCACUUGGAGAGGGUGGCAACUGCGCCGCAGGAUUGGAACCAUUAAGCGGCCUAGAGAGUUGAUCGUCAGCUCCGCGAAAGUCAUCAAAGGUGCUCCGAGUGCGGCUCCCCGCAUUUCAACAAAAACAGCUGCAAAUACCGCUACUGCAUUACGGCCUAGACCGCAACCUAUCGCAGGAACACCUCCUCCCGACAUGAAUGACAAAUGUGAUUCUAAAAUCAUCCAACAAACUUGCACUUUAUUCGGCCUAGACUUGGAACGACCACCACCAGUGCCGCCAUCCCGGCCAUACACUGUCAGUGGAAAUUCCAAGCUGGGCUACCCCCAAACCAGAGUCAUGAAGAUGAAUUUCCCGGAGGACUCAGCCGCCACUUUACCUGGUGAACAAUUGAAAAAGGGUGAAACUGUAACCGUCGUGGGUGCCUCUCAUUGUCGUGGCCAUUUGAUUGUGGAAUAUAACGGGCAAAGUUUUCACGUACCAUUUCAGUAUAUGGAACUUGUUAAAAACUCUACUCCGUCUUCAGUAAAUAUUUAAAGAGAAUCAUCGCACAUUCAGCCAAUAAAUUGAGACUGUACAUAAUUUAUUUAACUACAUUUAAGGAGACUCAUAGUAUUUCACCAAUCGGGGUUCAC